AUGGUCGUGCCGGGCGGAAAUCCGACAACCCCCGCCGCGAAGGCUCGCGCUCCGGGCGCUAAGGCUGUUGUGCGAUCUCGGCCGUCGGUGGAGAAGGUCACCAAGGCCGCGGGCGUCAAGAGGAAGAGGAUUCAGGCUCCUCCUUCAUCCUCUCACUCCAUCCCGGAAACAGAUGCCCCGGCGAUGCCGUUCAACGGUGUCGCUCCCCCCGCAAGCGAGGUGUUCGACGAAAUGGCCGGAAGGACAAGAUUGCCCAACAUAGCUAUACUUAGCACUUAUGGAAGCUAUCUGCUUGGCAAUCAGGCGAUACCAUACAGCAACCAGAACUGUGGUUUCCCGUUUGGUGAAUCGAGCAAAGUGCCUGGUACAUUGCAUAGACUGUUGUUGGAUGAUGAAGUUGCUCCUAAUAUGCAUAACAUGAGAGGCAUCAAUGAAGACUGCAUGAGUAACAACAAUCCACAACAGAUGGAUGAAUGCGCACAUCUGUUUCUUGGGGCUUCAACAAGCCAUUUUACACAAACAUCAACGAAUCAGUCUCCUGGAAUGCAGAUCAUGAACAUGACAAGUGACGCACCUAUGUCUUACUUGCAAAUGAUGUUUGCUGCUGAUCAAGAGGGUGCAAAGUAUGCAUUAUCUCAAUCCCAAGAAGAUCGGCUACUUCGUACUGAGAAUGAACUGUUCAUGAUAACUGGGCGAUAUGGAACAGUAACAUCGGAGGAUCCAAUGCAAACAAAUGCUCAAACAAUAGCAGGUACAUCGGAAGUUGACAACAAUCAAUGUCAAGAACAGUUCCCUGAAUAUCCAAAUUUUGAAAGCCUGCAAGAUUUGAAUUUUGACAAUGAACAACCUGAUGAAGCAGUAGAAUGCACCUCUGACCAGUGUCUUGAUGAAGAUGAUACAGACAGUGAAUCAGGAGAUGAGCUUUCCCUUGGGCAUAAAGGAAAAAGUUCUGCUAUGGAUGUUCAUAAUGUUGGAGAAAAAGAAUACACUGAAAUUGGGAUCGAAAAAGAACAACUAACACAAGAUGACAUCCUUAUGUUCCUUGAAGAUGAAAGUAUUGCUGCGGCUCGUACAUGCAGCCAGGAAGCAAGCAAGGUGUUGUGUAUUUUCUGGGCUGAUGGAUAUGCAAGAAAGAUGUACGACUUGUAUGGUGAUUGCUUGAGCUUUGACACAACAUUCAAGAAAAACAGAUACAAUCUACCAUUCGCUCCUUUUGUUGGCAUCACAGGUCACAGUCAGAAUUGUUUGUUUGCUUGUUCAAUAAUUGAGAAUGAGACAACUGAUACAUUUAAGUGGUUGUUUGAGACAUUCCUUCAUUGCAUGGGAGGCAAAGCUCCUGUCACAAUAAUCACAGAUGAAGAUGCAGCCAUGAAGACGGCAAUUCCUAUGGUUUUCCCUAAUUCCGUUCACAGACGAUGCCUCUUCCAUGAGGAAAAAUGCCCUAGGACUUUCGCAACAAAGGGGAAAAAAAGGAAGAGAUUUGUUCCAGUCUACUUCAAAAAGAAUUUUUUUCCCUUCAUUCAUUCUACUGCACGUAGUGAGGGGACGAACGCCGUUUUCAAGGAUAACAUCACUUCAACUCACAGUGUCAUAUCUUUCUUGGAAGAAUAUCAAAGGAUUUCUCAAAACAUUCAAGACAAUGAGCGACAGCAGGACUCGAUAACAAGAACAACUCAACCAACUUUCUGGGCUCACAGUGAACUUGAGAUUCAGGCAGCAACAAUGUAUGAAGUGUACAAGACAGAAAUGAUGGCUGCAAAAGAUUUCAGACAAAGAAGGUUUCUAGUUGAAGUCAACAUGCAACAACAGGAAUUUAGUUGCAUAUGUGCUAAAUUCUUGAAGGAUGGAAUUCUGUGUAGUCAUGUCCUUAGGGUUCUUUCUCAUCUUAACAUGUCAAAGUUGCCUCAAAAAUAUUACAUUGACAGAUGGAUGCCAAAAGAUGAAAAGGACAUUCGAGACAAGCGUUUUAAUGUGCCUAUUGACCUAACUGCUGGUAGUCAACACUUAAGGUACACACUUCUAUCUAGCAGGUUAAAUGAGAUGGCUUCUGAUGGUGCCUCAACAAAUAGGAAAUAUUUGUAUGUUGUUGGAGAGAGUGAGAGAGUGCAACAAAGGUUGGAUGAUAUGACUAAGGAAGAUGAAGCUGCUAAAGGUCAGAAAACACAUGAUGGGCACACAAAUGUGGAAGAUUGCUGUACAGGCCCACAUCCAGAUGGUUAUGGGGACAACUUGCAAGAUCCUGAUGUUGCUGUUUCAAAAGGACGUCCACAAACAGGGCGAUACAAGACAUUCAUGGAAACUUUAAUGGCCAAGCAAAAGAUUCAUUGUAGCCAUUGUGGUUCUGAAACACACAACAUUGCUACUUGCACAGCGCGCAAUGAUAGUAUCAUCCAGCCAAAAGGACAAAACGUCCCAAGAAAACGUGCAUCAGGUGUAGUAGAAAAGUAG